UGCUAUGAUAAUAAACACUGAUCCUAAAAAUAAAUACUACUGCCGGUGCUGGUGUAAUUAGAAUUCAGAAAUGAAAACAUUAUAGUAAAUGAAUGAAACCAAUAGAAAAUGAAGGCCGAAUUUACUCUACCAGUUAUUUUAUUCAUUUUUUUAAACGUCGGCUUAGUUCUUGGAAGCGACGGUGACCGGUCUCCGUUUUACCAAACCUGUGUUAAAAGAUGCAAGAACGACAACUGUACACAAGACAAUAAUUUUACUCCUGAAGCCGCCAAGCAGCAGGAUUUCUAUAGCUGGCUGAUGCAAUGGGGUUGCCAGGAUGAGUGUCGCUACCACUGCAUGUGGAGGACUGUCGAUGCAUUUUUAGAGAGAGGCUAUGACUAUCCUAAGUUCCAUGGGAAAUGGCCAUUCACCAGAAUGCUAGGCAUCCAGGAGCCAGCAUCAGCUUUUGCCUCCCUCUUAAACCUGGCUAGUCACCUGUACAUGCACUAUGACCUGGCAACACAGUUCUCGGUCAAGAGUGCACCACUGCUGCUUUUCUGGCAUGGAUUUGCUUUGGUGUGCGAGAAUGCGUGGACGUGGUCAAUAAUCUUCCACACCCGAGACACGCUCUUCACCGAGUUUAUGGACUACGCGUGUGCGUUGUCUAUGGUCAUGGCGCUAUUGGCUGCCGCCGUUGUUAGAGUGUUCCACGGGCGCAAGAAGCAGGGCCCGCUGACGUUGCUGCUGAUGCUGUUUUGCUACUACGCCAUGCACGUCCGCUAUCUGUACGCGGGCCGUAUCGAUUACGGGUACAACAUGCUAGUCAAUGUUGUUUGUGGUGUCUCAGGCGGCCUUCUCUGGUUGCUCUGGGCCUGCAUACAACUAAUCCGCGGACGGCGCCACCCGCGCCUCUUACUGUUGUUCUGCGUGUGGUCGGGCGCCGCUCUGUGUCUAGAGUUACUGGAUUUCCCGCCGAAGGCUGGCUGGGACGCGCACGCUCUAUGGCAUCUCACUACGGCACCAUUGCCUCUGUUGUUCUACAGGUUCGUAAUAGAGGAUUUGAAAUAUCUGCAAAAUGAAAAACAAGCCGAAAAACUUGACGUCAAGCUCUCAUAAAUUUCUUGUUGAUAAGAUGAUAAGUUCAAGACUGCCUUCUCAAAUAAGAGAAACCUGUCAAAUGUCAGCACAAAAUUAAAUAAAGUCAAUAGUACA